UUGAGUGUUGUGUCGAAGCAACGAAAAACAAAGUCCCAAAGCUAGCUUUGAAGAUAUAUAUUCACUUUACUUAUUCUCGCUUAAGGCAUCUUUGUCUUCUUCUCUAUAAAAACCCUUCCUUCCUUUUCUUUCUCUUUCCUCUUGCUUAACUCCAAAGCAUAUCCGAAAACCCCCAUUUCCAUUUCUUCUUCUCUCAUAAAAAUAAUAAUAAUAAAAAAAAAUGGUGAAAGACAGGAGAGUAGGAGUGGCUGUGGACUUUUCAAAGAGCAGCAAGAACGCUCUGAAAUGGGCAAUCGAUAAUUUGGCUGAUAAAGGAGAUACCCUUUAUGUCAUUCAUGUUUGCCAUAACUCUGAUCUCGAUGAAUCUCGAAAUCUUCUCUGGGUUAAAUCUGGUUCUCCUCUUAUUCCAUUGUCUGAGUUCAGAGAGCCCGAAGUUAUGAGCAAGUACAACCUUAAAACAGAUGUUGAAGUUCUUGAUUUACUCGACACUGGUUCUAGGCAGAAAGAGGUGGCUGUUGUGUCAAAAAUUUACUGGGGCGAUGCUAGAGAGAAGCUUCUUCAAUCCAUUGAAGAUCUGAAGUUGGACUGUUUGGUUAUGGGAAGCAGAGGACUUGGAACCAUUCAAAGGAUUAUAAUGGGGAGUGUCAGCAACCAUGUGAUUACUCAUGCUUCAUGCCCAGUCACCAUUGUCAAGGAUUAAAUCAUCAUGAGUUUUAUGAUGUUGCCUCCUAUUUCAAUUUACCGUUUUGGUUUUAUAUUUGGUCGGUUAUUAAGUCAUGGAGAGAACUCGUUCUUAUUUCUUGUAAUGAAUGAGCUUCUACCAACAUAUGGAAUAAUAAUAAUAAUAAUAAUAAUAAUAAUGUAUUGUAAUGUUUUAUUCUAUCAAUAAUGUAUUUUGCUACUGCAA